AAUUACACGCUAUGCCUCGCAAAACCGACUCUGACAGCGAAGAGGAAGUCAAGAAGAGCACCCUGAAGACGAAACGCGCCAGCAAGGCCGACGUUGACGCGGAGGAGGACGCGAAUGAAGGAGAGAAUGUCUCAGGAGGAGACGAUGAGGACGCGAAUGAAGGAGAGAAUGUCUCAGGAGGAGACGAUGAGGACGAUGAACCGGAGUACGAGAUUGAAGCAAUUUUGGACGCGAAACAAGGCGUGUUUGAGCAAGCGAAAGUGGGCUAUUUUGUCAAGUGGAAAGGUUAUCCUCAAGAGGAUAACAGCUGGGUCAGGGAGGAAGACGCUGGAAACGCGCAGGAUCUUAUCGACGCUUUCUGGAAGACACACAAGGCGAAACUACCAAAAUCCAGCGCCAGUGCAAGUGCAAAGCCAAAGGUCACUAAGAGUCGCAAGAGUGCAGCCAGGUCCGAGAUUUCAGACGAUGAAGGAACCCAAUCUUCUGCAGUGCCAAAGAAGCGCGGCCGCGGACGACCAAGCUUGAAAAAGACUUCGGUCGAGGAAGACGAGGAGAGGGCACCGAAGAAGCCGAGGCAGUCAAACGGAUCAACCAAAGCCAAGGCAAAGGCGCCUUCUACUGUCGAUACGGAGGAGGAGGAGGACGUGCCGACGAUCGAACCUAGCAAGGAGAAGAAGUGGAAAGAGAGGGAGAAUUGGGAGAACUCGAUCGAGCGCGUAGACACCGUCGAGAGGGACGAUGACGGGAACCUUUGGGUGUUCUUUCGACUCAAAAAGGUGGCCGAGAAUUGCAAGGAAAGAACGACAGUGUGCUAUCAAAAAUUCCCAAACAAGAUGUUUGCAUUUUAUGAAGGCAAUCUUCGCUGGAGAGAGACGGAGGAAGAGGCUUGAGUAACAAGAGGUUAUCAAUUCUCUUAUUGCUCCGAUUUUCUAUAUUGACCUGUCUCGAACUCGUGGUCGGUUGGUCACCGUCCAUCCGGCCUCUUAUUUGAUUGUCGUAUGUCCAUCUAUGAGAUUUAUCUUGCUCUCCGUGUGCUGUUC